GUAUACCUCUGCUUCGUAAAAGAGCCGACAAGAACCAAACGAGGUUACAGUGGAAUUGAUUUCUCAACUGCUUGUAAGGACUCUCUUCGUUUUCUGACUAUGGAACAGAUGGUGUAUCAUUUCAAAGGCGGACAAGCAACACCGUACGCAUACGUGAGUGCGCUAGUCGAGUUCGUCGCAAAAGAUGAAAACGGAACGUUUACCUUCGAGGCGUUUGCUGACUUUGACAACGAAGACAUCGAAGAAGCGCAGAGAACUGAAGUUGAGUUCUCUUUGGCCCAGAGAACUGUCCUUGUCUUAACUUCGAGGCUAAGAGCUGCACCUCCGCAAAAAGGAGAGGAACCGAUGCCGUGCGGC